AUGAUCAUGUUUUCCUUCCCAGAGCCUCUGUGGACUUCCUUUGCUGAUGGCAGAGUCAGACUGAGAAUAGAUAAAUCGUGUCCACAGACUCCCAUAACAGUUCAUCAGAUGUUCAAGGAGAGCCUGGAAAAGUAUGGAUCCCUUAAUGCUUUGGCCAGCAAAAAGAAUGGGAAGUGGGAGAAAAUAACUUUUUCAGAGUAUUAUUGCCUCUCCAGGAAAGCAGCCAAGAGUUUCUUGAAGCUUGGUCUGGAACGAUUCCACAGUGUAGCAAUCCUUGGAUUUAAUUCUCCAGAAUGGUUCAUCUCAGCUGUUGGAGCCGUUUUUGCUGGAGGAAUUGUGACAGGAAUAUACACAACUAAUUCUCCAGAGGCCUGCCACUACAUUGCUCAUGACAGCAAAACCAAUAUCAUGGUUGUGGAAAAUCAGAAACAAUUGGACAAGAUAAUGCAGAUCUGGAGUCGUUUGCCACACUUGAAAGCUGUUGUGCUCUAUAAGGACUCUGUUCCAGAGAAGCAUCCAAAUUUAUAUACGGUAUGUGAAAUCAUUAAGGUUGGAAAAGACCUCUCAGAUCAUCAAGGCAGCUUGAUCGACACACUAAAGGAAGUGCAGCCAACAUCUCACAUGGGAGUUCCUCGAGUAUGGGAGAAAAUCAUGGAGAAGUUAAAGGAUGCCUCUGCUCAGUCAGGAUUUAUGAAGAAGAAAAUGCUGUCCUGGGCUAUGUCACUUAGCUUAGAGAGAAACCUAAACUGCUCAAGGAGCAGUGAUUUAAAGCAGCUCUGGACAAGGUUAGCAGACUACUUAGUGCUUGCAAAAGUACGGAACGCGCUGGGGUUUUCUUGCUGUCAGAAGCACUUUUCUGGUGCUGCUCCUCUCAAUACAGAAACACUGUAUUUCUUCUUGGGUCUGAACAUAACCCUGUAUGAGGCCUAUGGGAUGAGUGAGACCACAGGCCCACAUUGCCUCUCUGGGCCUUAUAUUUACAGGCAGCACAGCUGUGGUAAACCAGCACCUGGCUGCAGGGUGAAAUUGGUGGAUGAAGAUGUGGAAGGCAAUGGAGAAAUCUGUUUCUGGGGAAGGACUGUUUUCAUGGGUUAUUUAAAUAUGGAAGACAAAACAAAAGAAGCCUUUGAUGAGGAGGGGUGGCUGCAUUCUGGAGAUUUAGGAAAACUAGACAAGGAUGGCUUUCUCUAUGUCACUGGAAGAAUUAAAGAUUUGAUUAUUACAGCUGGAGGUGAAAACGUGCCUCCCAUUCCAAUUGAAGAUGCUGUUAAAAAAGAACUCCCAGUUGUUAGUAAUGCUAUGGUGAUUGGAGAUAAAAAGAAGUUUUUGUCGAUGUUGCUGACCCUAAAGAGUGUGCUGGACCCAGAUACAUCUGAUCCCACUGACAUUCUCACUGAGCAAGCAAGAGACUUCUGCCAGAAGACUGGCAGUAAAGCCACCAAAGUGUCAGAGAUUGUAGCUACAAGAGACCAGGCAAUCUACCAGGCCAUUCAGGAGGGAAUCAACAAAGUCAACAUGAAUGCUACUAACAGGGUUCAUUGUAUUCAAAAAUGGAUAGUCCUGCCAAGAGAUUUUUCCAUCUCUGGGGGAGAACUAGGUCCGACAAUGAAGUUAAAACGGCUCACUGUGCUGGAGAAAUACAGACAUGAAGUAGACUCCUUCUAUGAAGAAUAA